AUGAGUCGUAGCUUAGGUAUAUCGGUGAAGCUUCUACACGAAGCCACAGGACACAUCGUGACCGUAGAGUUGAAGAGCGGAGAGCUCUACAGAGGCAGCAUGGUUGAAUGCGAAGACAAUUGGAAUUGCCAGCUCAAGAACAUCACUUUCACGGCUAAGGUGUCAGAUGCACGUCUCAGAUUUUACAACAAAUUAAGUGUCUUCUGCACACAUGCUUUAGAGUUCACAGAGUGUCAGGACUACUUGGGGUUGAGGUUUAUGGUGAUUCCAGAUAUGCUUAAGAAUGCUUUAAUGUUCAAACGUCUAGAAGCUAGAAUCAAGGGCAAGGGUUCAGCACUUGGCGUUGGACGGGGACGUGCUGUUGCCAUGAGAGCCAGGGCUCAGGUUGCUGGUCGUGGAGCUCCACCUGGCAGGGGCGUUGUGCCACCUGUAAGGAGGUGA